AUGUUACUAUGUAUAUGGAUUGGCGUUUAUGAAUCAGGACUGUUGACGAUAGCCUCCGGUGGCUCCGGUGUUUUGAAACAAAAUAAAUUCAAUUCAGUUCAUGCCGAGGAGCUUGUCAAUGAAACACAUUGCAUUUCCGUCUAUAUUCUUAAUAUUAUUGUUCCUCUAAAUGAAUCAAGACCAAGGGAUUUACCAUUUCCAGUGUAUUACUUUGUUGACUAUUCUGAAGAUCAUUUUUAUUGGGUUGUACUUUAUGUUGCAUUUAACUCGUUUUGGAUAAUUACUAUUUACAUUACUUUUGAAUCUGUUUUGGCUACUAGCAUCGAACAUGCAUGUGGAUUAUUUAAAUUAAUUAGUUUUCAUUUGAGAAUGAUUAACGUUAAUGAGAUGGAAAUGGAAAAUUUGAAAGCCGUUCGUUUUUGCAUCGAGCAACAUAAUCGAGCUAUUGAGUUUGUUGUUACAAAUCUUGAUGACUUUGAAAUAGCCUUAAAGUUCGGAAUAUUUCUUAUUGCUUCCUCAACGAACCUUUUGGUUCACAAUGUUUUUUCGCAAAGAUUAAUGGACCACAGUACUGAAAUAGCAGAUACUAUGUAA